AUCAGCAUCCGCUGGAAGCGAACGUUAAAUUGUCAUCUACCUACCUACCUAUUCGUCAUUAAACAUUCUACUGAUACAACACUCGCUUUCAUUAUUUCAAGUAUACUAAUUCACAGAAAUGGAUGUAGAAGACUUCAGAAAACACGGCCAUGAAUUGAUUGACUUUAUAAUAGACUGUUUAUUUAGUCAAGAAAAGGAAUUACCCAAUCCAAAAGUUGAGACGGGAUAUAUGUCAAAAUUGAUACCAGACAAAGCUCCGGAGGAUCCUGAUGAAUGGAAAGAUUUAUUGAAAGAUAUUCAACCAGUUAUAUUAGAUGGGAUCACAAACUUACACAGUCCUAAUUAUCAUGGCUUUUAUCCAUUAAGAUCGUCGUUUCCAUCCAUCUUAGGAGAACUUCUCCGUCACUGUUUUGAAACACCAACAGCUAAUUGGAUGGCCAAUCCAGCUGGUAUAGAAUUAGAAAUGAAUAUGACAAAUUGGUUGGGGAAAAUGUUACAGUUACCAGAAGAGUUUCUGUUUGAUAAAAAGAGAAGUGGUGGUGGAGUAAUUUUGACAUCUGCUAGUGAAUCUGUGUGUACCUGUUUAUUAGCUGCAAGAACUCACACUAUUCGUGAAGUUAAGAAAACAAACCCUAAUCUUAAAGAUGGUGAAAUUAUUACAAAAUUAGUGUCCUACACAUCAGCUGAGGCCCAUCCGUCUGUUAUUAAAGCAGGUUUAAUAAGUUGUAUAGAAAUGAGAAUAAUAGAAACUGAUAGUAAUGGUGGUGUAAAUACUUCAGCUCUAGAAAAAGCUAUAUUAAGUGAUAUUGAGAAUGGUUUAAUACCUAUAUUUGUGUGUGCAAAUUUGGGGUCUACUGGAUGCUGUGGUUUUGAUAAUCUGAAUGAAAUCGGCGCUGUAUGCAAUCAACAUAAGAUAUGGAUGCAUAUCGACGCAGCGUAUGCUGGGAGUGCUUUUAUCUGCCCUGAAUAUAGAUAUCUUCUAGACGGUGUUGAGCUAGCGACAUCCUUCAAUUUCAAUGCUCAUAAAUGGUUAGAGAUUGCCCCGCCAUGUUCAGUUUUAUGGGUUAAGAACAGUAAAUUAUUGUCAGAAGCAUUUCCAGUUGAUUUAUGUGCCGAGAACAAUUUUGAUAAUAAAGAUAAAGCUCCCGAGAGCCCAGCUGAACACAUUCCUGUUUACAGACAUUGGUCGCUACAGUUUACCAGAGACUUUAAGUCAAUCAAAGUUUGGUUCCAGUUGCGUUUAAUGGGAAUAAAAGCACUGCAAGAAAUAGUCCGAACGGACAUAUCUAUGGCGAAACUUUUUGAGAGUUUAGUUAAAGAAGAUAAUAGAUUUGAGAUUGUUGUUCCGGUAACUCUAGCUGUUGUCUGUUUCAGAUUAAAGGGCACAAAAAAGAAAACCAAGGAUUUAUUAGAAUUGAUCAGAGCGGAUCGUAGAAUUUUCAUGAUACCUUCAGCUUUAAAUGGAAUUUUCUUCAUUAGAUUCGUUAUUUCUAGCUCUAAAACAACACCUAAAGAUGUUCACUUUGCUUGGAAGGUUAUACAAGAAAAGGCAGAUCAACUACCUCAACAGUUGAUUGAAGGUUGAAAGGCAAUAGAACAAGCUAAAAGAGUAUCUUGUAUACAACACACAUACUUUUUUGUAUCCAUAAUCAUGUGUUCUUUUAUAUUUAAUUUACCACAUAAUUUACAGUAGUACUCGCUGAACCAUCUAUUGAAUAUCCCUUUCUGAAAUAUGGUUAACAUUUAGUAAAUGAUACAAUAAAACUCGAACUCGACGAUGUAAUUCGAACUUAUCCUGCAUCUUAAGAAAGUUCAUUUAUAAAAAAUUG